AUGCCGAAACCCGGGGGCGGUGUCAAGUGGCGGCGCUUCGUCGGCCUCGGCGAUGACAUCUGCGGGGGCGACGGGAAGGUGUGGCGGCCGCACGCCGUCCAGCUGGACCACCCCAGAGGAAGCGAGCCCCCGUGGUUGCGGUUCCGAGGGCGGUACGGGGGGACCCGCUGCAUCACGUCGGAGGCGUUUUGGAGGUGCGGGGGCGAACCUCCCCGGCGUUGCAGCGCGGAGGCGAAAUACCGCAGCGUGUUGGAGGAGGGACUGGUACCAGACCGAGGGGUGAGGCUUGGCCCUUCUCGAAGGAUGCUCCACGGGAACGGAGACCGAGGUGUUUGGCUCGAGAGACACCGACAAACGGAAACCCGAGUACCCUUUCUCAACACGUGGACAGGAGUGCCGGGAUUGGGCUCCUCCAGACCUCGAGAUCAAGACCCUCCGAAGUAAGCAGUCGCAUUUUCCUUUGUGCGGCAGGCUAAUUUCUGGAUAAAUAUGAUAUGUUCACCUAACGCUCCUACA